AGUUGAUGUGACGUCAUAUUUAGGAAACCGAAACUAAGGAGAGCGGAGUUUCCCGAGAAAACAAGAGCAGGCGGUGUCCUGUCGACCAUCGCUACUUGACAGUUGCAGGGUCGCUGGCGCCAGACUCCAAGGAUGUCCCAAUCCAAGCCACUACUCGUCCCUUGGUUGCGGGAUCAGAUUGACAGCGGGAGGUUUCCCGGUGUUCAGUGGACCAAUCCAGAGAAAACGGAUUUCUGCAUCCCCUGGAAGCACGCUCUGAGACAGGACUCCUGCGACGCCGAUGUUCUCAUUUUCAAGGCCUGGGCUGAGGUCAGUACUAACUGCCGGGUGCGUGGAGAUCCCUCAGUCUGGAAGAGGAACUUCCGUAGCGCCCUCAGAGCCAAAGGCUUCAAGAUGGUAUAUGACGACAAGAACAACGAUGCAAACCCACACAAAGUCUUCCGCUGGCCCGAGGAGACGGCACAGAAGGUUAACACUUCACCUGCUUCAAGUAAUGGAGAGGAACAUCGCGUGUUUGAAGAUUAUCCUUAUCCUGUACAAGAAAGCCAUCCCUUCCAGUCCUGGGAGGAUCUCUUUCAACCUCAACAAGAAACUGUGUACGGACAUGACGUCCUCCAGCAGUGUAUGCAGGACCUCAACAUCGGGCCACCACCAGGGAGCCCAGCUGCCUCCUCUCAGCCUCUUGCUGAGCAACAGCAGCUCCAAAAUCCCAAUGUGAUUGGUGCUCAGGCGUCGCCUCAGCAACAGCAGUUUCCAGGCACAUUCCAGGAUGCCUACACUGAGGCUGCGUUGCCGGGGCAACCGGAACAUCCAAUUGCAGGGGCGGAGGGAGGGGCGAGUGACGGGCAGUGGGGGCUGCAGAUUCGCGACACAUUGAAAGAAGCCUUCGAUGGAGCUCAGUUCAAAACUCACUUCCAAAUUAAUGUCCUGUACAGAGGCCGGAAUGUGCUGAAGCAGCUGGUUGAAAAUGAAGCUGGAUUCUGUUUAGUUUACAGGCCUGAACUCAGCUGUCCAGUUGUGGAUCCUCAGUCAGGUCUCACGCUGGUCUCUCUGCCGAGUCCCGCAGGCAUGUCGGACCAGACGCAAGCCCAGCUGACCCAGAACAUUCUGGACGGGAUGCGCGUGGGUUUGGAGAUACGACUAUUGAACAAUGUCAUCUAUGGCCAACGCCGGGGUGACACCAAAGCCUUCUGGAGUCUGUCCAAGUUCGACCACAGCCGACAGCCGCAGGAGAUCUCCAAACACUAUCAGCAGCCGCUCUACGAGAUUCGGGAGUUUUGUGAGAAAUUAAUUGACUUCAUGGAGGGACGAGAGGGUCACUCCUGCUCCCUGUUCCUCUGUCUGGGAGAGCGAUGGCCCGAUCCAGACGGCCGGCCCUGGAUCAAGAAACUCGUCACAGUGGAGGUGGUGUUCACUUCCAUGGAGUUGUUGAAGAACUUGGCUGUGGAAGGAGGCGCCUCCUCCCUGAAGUCUGUGGAACUGCAGAUUUCACUGGAUGAAGUGAUGGACAUGCUUUGAUGCCUUAAAAACCCCUGGUCAGUAUAUUGGUUUUCACACGACUAGAAUGAGAAGAACAUUGGAAAUCAGGUGUCCUCGACACAUACGCUUUCCAUGGAAGGUGUCCCAUUGCUACAAACUGUGUAUUGAAACUACGGACCAGGAUUUUUAUUUAAUUUGCAUAUUUUAUACACCUCCCCACGAGUGGAAAAAUAGAAAAAACUACUGUGUCAAAAGCUCAACUGAAAAACAUUUUAAUUGAUGGGAGACUGCAAAAUGUAGUGAAGCUCUAGCUGACUGUGCUAUGCAUGUGAAAUAUUUACAAACUUGACCGACCGCUCGUAGCAGGGCUUCGAGAGAGAGAGAGAGAGCACUUGUCCUCCACCUUUGUGUUGAAAGUUCCCACUCUGGACGUUUUCAAAGUUUCAGAUUCAGGAGACUAGCGAACGCUGCACCAGAAUUUGGUUGUUUCUGUGUCCGUGUAAACGACGCCUGAGAAAGGUUGGCCACCUAGCUUGGUGAGAUUCAUCAUUAUUUCUUGGGCAAUUUGCUUACCCUUCGAACAUCCCACUUGGACAGGCGGUUUGCUAGGCGUUACCUGCGCUAACAGCCUGCUGCUGAGGAACCAGAGGUUUCACUUUCAUGAGCCCGGAAAACUCUCCGUGCCGGAGCUUUACAUGCCAUGUGGUGUCCGUAAACUAAAUAUCAGCUUUUUUUCCCUUGAACUUUCAUUCACGAUUCAACAAAUAUCACAGUAGUUUAGCCCAAAAAUAUUUUAGCUGGCAUGUUUCCAACAGUCUUUCACGCGAGGAUCUGGGAGUGAGGCUAAAAAUGAUGCCUUCAGGGACUGCUCCAGGAUGAAUGUUUGCUGUGUGAAAGCAGCGGAUUUGUAUUUUUAAAUGCUUUCAUCUCUCGUGUGGGGAGCGUCUGAACAGAGGAUGCAUUUCGGGCAGUCAUGGUCUGUUUUCUGUCCGGCUGUAAAGCACUUCCUUCUGAGUUUAGUGGCCAGGCUGUUUUGCAUCAGUGGCCUGGUGGUCUCUUCCUUUGCUCUCUUCCCUGUCAAAAACUGGUCCAUUGUGUGUGAGCUGCGCUGCUUUGUGGAGCACAGCAGCAAGAUAGCACGAAUCAUAUUGUCAUGCACACUUUUAAUGGUGCUUUGUCUGCCAGGGAAUCUGAAUGGUGUAUUGUAAUUGAUUUUUUCAUGAUGAUAAAAAUAAGUAUACUGUAUUCAAAAUGUUUUAUGCGGAACCUCGUUCUGCACGCCUCGAAAUGUCCCACUUGUUCACACGUUGCCUGUCUGGAAAUAAAGUCAUGAUGGAGGAAAAAUGUAUGCGGAUUGUGGGAAUUUCUCUUCGGAGAUCAAUAAAGUAUCUAUCUAUCAAAAAAAAAAGUAGUUAGUAGUAGUAGGUGGUUAAAAAUGACCUGUUCAGACCAUUCGAGAUGUGUUCCAUGAGGACUGUUUA